AUCUGCACCUACAUUUGCAUCUUGUGUCAACGACACUUCGGUGGAAGACACACGCCACUCUCUAUGCUAGUACUAGUAUAACCACAACACAGCGGUGGAGUGAAAUUCUCUACCUCACCGACAUCAUGCAAGGCUUCAACAUGGGACGCUACGUCCCUCCCGACCAGGAAGGUCUCACAACCGGCAACAAGCUCGCCGGCAAAAACGCCCUCGGCGCUCGUGCCCGCCACCUACAUACCAAAGGUGCACUGAUCGUCCGCUUCGAGAUGCCGUUUGCGAUCUGGUGCACAAACUGCAAACCACACGAAACGAUCAUCGGGCAGGGUGUGCGCUUCAAUGCCGAGAAGAAGAAAGUCGGGAAUUACUACUCUACGCCUAUUUAUAGCUUUCGCAUGAAACAUACGGUUUGUGGGCAGUGGAUUGAGAUUAGGACGGAUCCGAAGACUACGGCGUAUAUAGUGACGGAGGGGGCGAGGAAGAGGGACACAGGCGAGGAUAAAGAGAGUGAGCCAGGGGAGAUUAAGCUUAGGCUUGGGUUGCCGGAUCGGGCGGAUGGGGAGAAGGAUGCGUUUGCACGGUUAGAAGGCAAAGUGGAGGAUAAGCGCCAAUUUGAUACGGCGGAAAGCAGGGUCCGGGAGUUGCAGAAACGGCAGAAUAGGGAUUGGGAUGAUCCGUAUGAGCAGUCGAGAAGGCUGCGCAGGACAUUUCGGCAGGAGCGGAAGAGGCUUGAAAAGGUUGGAAAGGAGAGUGAGGCACUGAGGGAUAGGAUGAGUCUGGGGAUUGAAUUGUUGGAGGAGACUGAAGAAGAUCGUCUACGAGCUGGACUUGUGGAUUUUGGGCCUUCUGAGGAUGUGAAUUUGGUUACGAAAACGCGUGCUAGACCGAUGUUUGAUAGUGGUCAUCCGAAAGAAUCUAUCGCGGUGGCGAAGACGACUCAUGGAAGUCGGAAGGGGAGAUUGAAAUCGGAAUUAGCCGCAUCGGAGCGCAAGGCUUUGUUGGGUAGUGAAUUGCGUGGCAAUACUCGAGCUGCGGUGGAUCCGUUCUUGAAUGGAGACACAAAGGCAUGGCAGCCAGCACAGUUGAAGACCCGGAAAAGUCGCGGUCAAAAGGUUUCCGAUGAUACUGAUGAAGUAGAGCAAAAACCGGUAGAUGGGAUUACGGCUGUUGUGAAACCUACGGCGCUGGUAGCAUACGAGUCUGACUCGGAAUCGUGAAAAACUCUUGUAUACUAGCUCUGUUAUGAAGUGAUACCCAUG